AUGACGUUUGGAAUAGGUACUGUCAAGGACUCUUAUAGCGCUGUACCGUACUUGCAGAUUCCUACUGGUGAUGGAAUGCAUCUGCGUGUCCCUAAAGCGUUCUACCACUAUUCAGAACGAGAUGUAGAAACCGAAUCAGAUUGGGAAAUCCCGGAUGAUGGCAGUUUGCUGAGUUUGAACUCUCAGUUCAAGAAUAACCGUAAGGAUAUAAAUGGCAUUUACUUGCCCCUCCCAGACAUGCAACCCAUCAACCUUCAUUUUAUCUCACAACGGAAAUUCGAAAAAGGGAUCGACACCUCGGCGCAUGAUAGCAGCCCCGAGGGUGCACUUGCAGCUGCGAGAAGACUAUGCUUACUUGGCUCCGAAAGCGAUUGUGAGACAGCUCUUCUUCGAUAUCACAGGAAGAAAGUCCUUUCAUUUCAACAACAAAGAAAGCCUCUACAUCAGCAGCUACUGAAUCUGGAUGAUCUAACCUCGUACUCUGCUGUGAGGGACAGAGAAGGCAGAGGAAUGGGAGUCGUAAUUGGAAUGCCUGGUUACGAACCGCUUUACGUAGGAGCAGCGCUCGACUUGAACAAAGAUGGUAAUCUACGCUUCCAAUUCUCACCACCAGAGUGA